CACAUUGGAACAAGGGUUUAUAAUGAAGGAGAGCUACUGUAAUGUUUAGCUAUUUUUUUGUCAAUAAACGACAGAAUCAGUGUGCUACACCUACAGAAGAUACACUGAACCCCAACUAUGGAUGAAUGCGAGAAUGGAUUUUCUGUGGAUUUGUUUCUGCAUUGUUCUCUCGUCCCCGCCGUUUUCAUUGUGCUUUUGCUGUCAUUUGUGCAAAGUCGAUCAAAGGCUCAGCCUUUCGAGGAGCGCUUUCCGUACCUUAGGGGUCGAUUCGGCAUUGUGGUGCCUUUGGACUUCAUUGGCAGUCUAAGUAAUCGAUGGUCUUUCGGCUUUGCAUUUGGCGCUAUUGCUCCCAGUGUGCUUCAGCUAUUUUCAGAGUCUUACACACCAAUGAAAGUUCCAAACUGGGCUAAAGCCUUUGUGUACCUGCUAGGAGCUCUAGAAGUGGGCGUGGCUUAUUUCCCCUUUUUUGCUUGCCUUUCAACGCCACACCGAGCGCUUGGAGGGGUUUUAGGUGUUCUGUACACACUCAUGUGGCUCACUGCAAGACUGUAUGACACGGCAAGCUGUCCAUCUGGAAAGAUUUUGGGCCGUUAUGAAAAAUUGAUCAUCCAGUGGCCGUUCUUCUUGUGUCUGGGUUUUCUGCUGGGUCGGUUUGUGUAUAUCAUUGUGAAGGCAGUAAGAAUCCACCUGCAUUUGCAAGAUGAGGAGAAUGAAGAGGAUUUACAAUUCCAUCAGUUCAGAUAUGUUAAGACUCUACUGAAACGCCCACCUGAGCCGUCAGAACCAAAGAGUUGGUUUCGGAGAAAAGUGUAUGACUGGGACCCGUAUUUUAAAUUCCCAAACAGAAUGAUUGGCACCUCCAUUAUUUCAUUGAUUGGCUUGUACACGAUGACACUUCUAGACUACAGCUUAAGCGACUACACCUUUGAUAAACUAGAUGCGUUGAAGGAUUCACUUGCAGAGAUAGCAUCCUCCUGUAACCAUACAGACAACAUGUUUACAUCACUUGUGCCUGGGCUGGAUGAGUUCAGCUAUGUUGCACGUAUGUCUUGGUUGGCGACAACUAUUUUUGCCACUCUGACAUCUGUUACUUACACUUUUCACGUGCUGGUAUGUUACAGGAAACAUAUCAAACGAUUGUGGAGAGGGGAGAAAAACUUUCUUCCAGUGAAGUUUCAUAAGCCAAGCCCUGCAGUCAGUGUGGCAGCAAUAACAAGAUACUCGGGCUGGCAGAUUGCCUUCACUCUGUGGGGUUUUGUGAUAGUUCACUUCAUACAGUUUCUUUUUGCCUUGAUAUUUGCCUAUGGAGUUGUUCUGCCAAUCCAGAAAGGAAAGUUUCUACGCUGGCUUUCUAGUGUAUCUAUCAUUCUACUAACAAUAUUCAUCGUGGUAGCCAUAGUAAUAGUGCAGAUUGUUCUGGUUCAGAUAUUCUUCCUGCAGAGCAAACUCUCACCUGACGACAAACAAAAACCUCUUGCACUCAACAACAGAAAAGCGUUCCACUGCUUUAACUAUUUUUUCUUCUUCUAUAAUGUGAUAAUGGGGUUGAGCAACUGCAUUUUGCGCCUGUUAGUAAGCUGCAUUUUGGGCACGUGGUUGGUAUCGCGCAUUGAUCGGACCAUCAUGCAGCGGGGCUAUGAGUCCAUGGAUCCAGGAUAUAAUACCUGGAUAGGGAUGAUAUUCGCUGACCAUUAUCAUAGCAACCCUGUUAUGCUGUCUUUCUGCCACCUACUGCUUGGAAAGACACUGGAUCGGAGACCUGCAGAACCUUCUUACGAUACCUUUAGCAAUACCACAGGAUGUUCAGUAGGGGUCAGAGUACGUGUGCGCUGGCUGCUGCUCUACACUCUGCUGAGGAAUCCCAAACUAAUUUUGCUCAGAAAGAGAAAACCACAGGAUCACCAUGACAACCAAGACCCGCUCCUCAUAGCUCGAACUAUCACCUCACAAGCUCAACAAGCAAACGGACUGGUCAGCAACUGCUGAAACAUGGACUGUGAAAUAAGGACUGGAUUUGAUCAGGGAUCUGGAAGGAGAGAAAUGAGACUUGAAAUGAAGUGAAGAAAUGAAGUGAAUUAGUAUUAUUGGUCAAUCAUUUUGUAAUAAAAGCUGUUUGGGUGAACUCACCUCACUGGUUCUUUGCCAGGAGGAAAACCCAGGGCUGGCAAUGGGGGCAGUGCAAGGGGAGUCCAGGAAGUGAAUUUCAACCUCAAAAUGUAGAGGAUUUCCAUCUUUUAUCCAUGGAAUAGACUCCAAAUGCUAUGCAUAUUUCAUACAAGCUAAAGGGGCAUUUUCUGUGUCUGUGGUUUAAAAAUAUAAAAAAUGUUCCCAGCUAGUGUCCCCCGCCCCCCAUUGAAUCAGCCAUUUCCAGCACCGGGAAAACUAUUCCGUUACUAAAAAGUACUGUUGCUGUGCCAUGGUAUGUGAAGUCAUCAGCUGCUUAUAUUCGGGUUCUUUGAUAUAUAAAUAUAUGGUAUUGUACCUGAUAUGUUUUACCAUAAUAUGUCAUGUUAAUAUCAUUUAACAUGGUAUUUUAGUCUAUAAAUAAAGUUUUAAACUAACCUGUUUACAAAACACAAUACCUUUUAUUUUGAUCAAAUCGUUUGUAAAUUUGAAAAAAAAGGUAUUUUUGUACAUUUGUGAAAAAAUAAAUAUCAUGGCAUAGUGAUGGUAAUUAUGCUUAGACAAUUUUCCAUCUCAUUUCUAAGUAAUUUUGGAUAAAAGUGUCUGCGAAAUGAAUAAAUGUAUGUAUCAGAUUGUAAUAUCAUAUGUGUUUUAAAAUUCAAGGGUUUCAAAAUUAAAACUUUUUUCUUUCUGUGUCACAAGCCCCAUCUCCUGCCCAAGAGACACACUUUACAUAAGUGCACAGAUAAGCUAUUAGUUAUCAAAGACUAUCAGUUUAGAUGUUUGUUUAUUGGGUGUUUGCCAUUUGUCAAGUACAGUGGGGGUUAAUGUCUGGUAUCAAUGUUAUUAGGUUGGGUUUGACCUCAAGGUCAAGGCAAGAAUAAAAUAAAAAUGUAAAGGCUUUUUUCUUCAGCUCUUCUUGGACUCUGUUUUACUCAACUUUACCUGACAUUGGCACAUUCUCGUAGGCUAUAUUCCAUCCUUAUGCAUACUGGGUAUUGUAAAUUGUACCUGUAGCCUAUAAUUUUGUUUAUUGGUAAAACCUAAAUGUUAGCUGAUGCAAUACAACACAGUAAUAUUCUAGCAAUGCUCUACCACAAAUUUUGUAAAUAUCACUGUUUGUUAACAUAAAUGUUGGGACAU